GCCAUUGCGGCGGCGGCGCGCGCUGGCGGGGGCGGCGGCGGGGCCGGCGGGGUGCGGGGCAGGCACGGCGGCGCGGGCGGGGCCGGCGGGGGGAAUGAGCGAGGGCGAGGAGGAGGAGGAGCCCCGCGCCACCGCCAGCGGCGCCUGCCCCAGCCUAGAGCAGAUGCUGGCCUCCAACCCGGGGAAGACGCCCAUCAGCCUCCUGCAGGAGUAUGGGACGCGCAUAGGCAAGACGCCCGUGUACGACCUGCUGAAGGCGGAGGGGCAGGCGCACCAGCCCAACUUCACCUUCCGCGUCACCGUGGGCGACAUUGGCUGCACCGGUCAGGGCCCCAGCAAGAAGGCAGCCAAGCACAAGGCGGCGGAGGUGGCCCUCAAGCUCCUGAAAGGGGGGAACAUGCUGGAGCCGGCGGUGCCGGAGGAGCCCAGCUCUGCUUUCUCCCUAGAGCCCCUCCCCCCGCUGGACCCUGCCGUGGCCCCCCCCGCGCCCGCCCUGCCCGCUGCCUCGCCCAGGGGCUCAUCCCCCACCCCUGCAGCAGCCCCUUGCCGGGAUCGGGGUGAAGGGCCUGCCCGGGCAGGUUGGGCCCCUUCAGCGCCUGCCCUUGUCUCGCUCAGAAGCUCCCCGCUGGAGAUGAAGGCACCCGUGUCACCCCAGCAGUCCGAGUGUAACCCUGUGGGUGCCUUGCAGGAGCUGGUGGUGCAGAAGGGCUGGCGCCUGCCCGAGUACACGGUGACGCAGGAGUCGGGGCCGGCGCACCGCAAGGAGUUCACCAUGACCUGCCGCGUCGAGCGCUUCAUGGAGAUCGGGAGCGGCACCUCCAAGAAGCUGGCCAAGAGGAACGCAGCCGCCAAGAUGCUGGUGCGGAUCCACAAUGUGCCCAUGGAGCAGCGCGAGGGCAGUGAGGCCGAAGCCGAGGACGACCAGUUCUCCAUCGCGCCAGUGCCCAAGCUGGACGGGCUACGUGGCCGCCUACCCGGCUGCACCUGGGACUCCCUGCGCAACUCAGUGGGCGAGAAGAUCCUGCACCUGCGCAGCCAGCCGCUGGGCGCUCUCAGCCCCGGGUACUGCGGGCUGCUGCAGGAGCUGUCCGAGGAGCAGAGCUUUGCCAUCAGCUACCUGGACAUUGCCGAGCAGAGCCUGAGCGGCCUGUACCAGUGCCUGGUAGAGCUGUCCACGCAGCCAACCACCGUGUGCCACGGCACGGCCCCUUCCCGCGACGCUGCCCGUGCUGACGCUGCCCGCAACGCCCUACAGUACCUCAAGAUCAUGGCCGGGGGCAAGUAAGGGGGGCCAGGCCCAGUGCCACCCAACCCCACCCUCCACCUGCCCAUGGACACCAGCAAAGCAGCUGCCACCCAGGACAGCAGAGGGGCCUGGGGCAGGACCGGGAGACCCCAGCUCAUGGCCAGGACUCGCUGGGAGCUGCCCCCCAUUUCCAGCCACAGGGGCACAGUGGUGCCAGUGCCCCUUGGACACCCUCCUUGGACUGGCCCGUGGUUCCUGCCUGCUCGGGGCCUGGGGCUGCCUGCCUGGGAGCUGCCUUGGGAGCGGAUUUGGACCUUGGAGUCGCCGAUCGUCUGGGAGUGAGAACCAAACCAUCCCCCAGACCGGGGGCACCAGACCGGGCUUUCCCCCCUCGGCAGCAUCAGACUGGCCGGUGGGCACUCAAGGACCCUCCUGCUGGGGGGCUGGGCUAGGGCAGUCUCUGGAGCAGUCAUGUCAGUAGCCAGGAAAUAAAAAGCGGCCUGGUGGGAA